AUGGCCUGCAUCGUCAACAGCCUGGACCCGGUUGCGCAUUCGGGGCUGCCUACCGCAUGGCGUAUACAGAAGAUUGUCCGCGUCGACGUAGACAGGGCAGUGUCUCCAUUUAUACUACUUGUGAAUAUACCUUACGACGACAAUCUCUAUGCAUGGUGCAGGGACUGGUCGGAGGAUUCAUACGUGCUGUUUAUACUACUUUCCAUCGCGCAGCGCCAAUACUACCGCAAGCACGCGCGCCACAACACCGCGUACCAAGCAUGCCUCUUUGUCACUAACCCGGCAUCCCCUCAGGAUGUAACUCUCUUUGACGCGGACAUUCCGACGGCGCUCCCCGACGAGCUAGACGACCCGCGCAUGGUCCCGCAGCGACGGAAGUGGCUGAUCAUCCACCGCACGAGGAUGAGUAUCGAGCCGCGAAAAGUCUUUUUGGCGCGCCUCGUGGCCGCAUUGUCGAGCCGGGGAGACGGCAACGCUGCCGACGGAGAAGGACGGGGGAACGAAGGACGUGGAGAUGGCGAAGGACGGGGAGAUCGCGCAGAUGAGGAGGGCUCUGGGCGGUAG